GUGCAUCCCAAAUGGCACCCUAUUCCCUAUGGGCCCUGGUUAAAAGUAGUGCACUAUGUAAGGAAUAGGGUGCGAUUUGAGAUCCUGCACCCUGUUCUCUGUGAGCUGCAGCUGCACUCACAAACUGGAACAUUACAGACAUAGCUGCUUUACAGAUAACUUCGACAGUAUUUUGUUAAAUAUUUUGGGGUUGGGACAAGAAAAGAAGACUUUUGUUCCAGUGGCAUGAUACAGAUCAGACGGUAAAGCAGAACGAUGAGGAACACACUGCUUCUGAUCAUGGCUGCACUGACUGCAGUUUGUGAGCAGAACCCAAUAUGUCUCAUCACUGCUCCCAACAUAGUCCACCUGGGAGUAGAGGAGACAGUGACAGUACAGCUCCAGGGAGCUAUCAAGCCUACACAGAUUACACUAUACUUCCUGUACCAAACUGACAAUAAUAAAGUUCUGUCUGGAAAAAAGCAUGUAACUCUCAAUGAAGCCAAUGGCUAUCAGGAGGUGGUGAAAAUGAGUGUCGUUCCUAGCCUGUACGAAGAGGCAAUCAAAAACAUAGGAAAAACAAAGACAAUUGUGCCAUAUAUCCAACUGGCCGCAGAGAGCAAUGACUUCUUAAAUAAAAAAAAAACAAUCCUUUUGUCAACAAAAAAGGGUUAUGUCUUCAUCCAGACAGACAAACCAAUCUACAAUCCAGGAGAGAAUGUCAAUUUCAGGGUCUUCACAUUAGACAACUAUCUGCUGCCUGUCGAAGAAAGCAUCAAUGUCAAGAUAUUUAACUCCAAAGGCCUGCUGGUGUACAACCAGGCUCUACACUCCAGUAAACUCCUUCAGAGGAACAUAAUGAUCCCUGACGUUGAGACGGCUGGCCAUUGGAAGAUUGUUGCCACUUUUAUCGACCAUCCCAUGUCCAACUCUUCAGUGGAGUUUGAGGUCAGGGAAUAUGUUCUUCCUACUUUUGAGGUGAAGAUAACAGCUUCGAAGCCAUAUUAUUUAGUGACAGAAGAAUCCUUUCAAUUCAGCGUCUCUGUAAGGUACACCUAUGGCAAAGGUGUCAAUGGCAUAGCUUAUGUUAGAUUUGGACUAAUAGACAUAGAAGGCAACAGAAUACAUCUACCUGGCCUGGAAAACAAGACUUCUAUCCAAGACGGCGUCGCCAGCAUUACCCUGCCAACUGAAGACCUUCGUGGGAAAGCAGACAAGCAAAACAUCCAACACAUGGAGGGAUACAAUCUGUGCAUAGCUGUUACAGUUUUAGAAACAGCAAGUGGAGAGCUAGAAGAAGCUGAGAGCACUUCAGUAAAGAUAGUGACGUCUCCAUACAUCAUUGACAUGUCUAAGACUAAGGAAUACUUCACACCUGGAGGAAAGUUCUCAAUCCUGGCCACCAUCACCCACCCAGAUGGAUCCCCAGCCCCCGACCUCCGUAUGAGGGCUUCAGUUUCAGUGACCUCUGUAGGAGGCACACAGGAGUCUAAGUUGGAGGGAUCCAGUAACUCUAAGGGUGAGGCUGUUCUCACCUUCGAAGUGCCCAUACUGGCCACGUCUAUGGACAUCAAGAUGUUUGCUGAGGGAGAGGAUAAAGAGGUAGUAGUGAGUGAUGCCAAAAUGACAGUGUCAGCAGUCCAGUCUGAGGGGAACAGCUACCUGAGUGUAGAGAUAGAACAUGUCACCCUGGAGCCUGGAGGAACCAUGACGGUCACUCUCAGAGACAUCACCCCUCCAGGCACCCCACGACCAGCCUACAUCUACUAUAUGGUCCUGAGUAAGGGCAGAGUGGUCCAGAUGAACAGGGUCCAGAGGACUGAGCUGACCACCUUCAGUCUGCCCUACAGUCUUGACCUGGUCCCUUCCUUCAGACUGGUGGCCUACUACUUCACACAGGCACCAGAGAAGACUACCAUAGUGGCUGACUCUGUAUGGGCCGAUGUCAAAGAUAUCUGCAAAGGACAGAUCGAGAUCCUUCCAUUUAAAGAGCAUAAACCAGCUGACUUGGUGAAUGUGGUGGUCCGUACAGACCAGGGAGACAAGGUAGCUCUGGCUGCUGUAGAUACAGCUGUUUACAUCCUCAACAAGAACAACAAACUCACUCCUCAGAAGAUGUUUGCCUACAUGAACUCCUAUGACCUGGCGUGUUCUAUGGGAGGGGGCAGGAACUCCCAGUCUGUGUUACAGGACGCUGGGCUCGCCUUUAUAACCAACUGGGUGGAUACAGAGAAUCACGUGAGAAAUGAUUAUUCCUGUAACAACAUAAGAAGAGGGAAGAGAGCCUUGAACCAUCACCAGGCUUUCUCUGAUAUCAUCAACAGGUACCCAGGUAAUAUGGAGAAGAGGUGUUGUCAGGAUGGGGCCAGGUUUAACAGCCUGGGUCUGUCCUGUGAGAGUCGUCAUGCUAAAACCACCCACAAGUCUAUUUCCUGUCGCACUGCCUUCCUCAAGUGCUGCAGAGAUGCCACCAAGCUGAGGAACAACAUCAAGAAGACCAGGAAGACAUAUAGCCUGGCUAGAAUGGAUGAUGAUAUGGAUGAGGAGGAGGCCAUAGAUGAGGUGUCUGUCCACCUGCGCUCUUACUUCCCUCAGACCUGGAUGUGGGACAUCGUUGAUGUGGAGCCCUCUGGUCUCGUAAGACACAGUAUUGCUGUCCCUGACUCCAUCACUACCUGGGAGGUUCAAGCAGUGGGAAUCUCUAAAACAAAAGGGUUUUGUAUAGCUGAGCCCAAGCCUCUGGUGGUGUUCCAGGACUUCUUUGUCUCGCUCAGACUGCCCUAUUCUGUGAAGAGAAACGAACAGCUGCAGGUGAAAGCUGUUGUGUACAACUACAGGACCGACAGUAUGGAGGUGACCGUAGAGCUGGCGUGGGUGGAGGGUCUGUGCAGUGCAGGGGGGGACAGAGGGGACAAGGAGGUGGUGACAGUACCUGGUAAGUCUGCUGUCCCGGUCUACUUCACCGUGGUUCCUCUGGUCAUAGGAAACAUCCCUAUCCAGGUAGAGGCCUACUCUAAGACCGCUCGCGACCAGAUCAAGAAGGACCUCAAAGUCACGGGGGAAGGGGAACUGGUCUCAAUACAACAUGAAUACAACAUUGAUGGGAAUGCUGCCAAGUCAAUCGAACUUAAAAUCCCACCUCCUCCUAGUGCUGUACCUGGACUGGAAUCUGACGCCUACAUCAGUGUCAAAGGUGGCGUGAUGGGAGAGUCCGUGGAGAACUGUCUGAACCUGGAUGGAGUGGACCGGCUCAUCUCCCUACCCAUGGGGUGUGCGGAGCAGACAAUGGUCACAAUGUCUCCAGCCAUCCACGCCAUGAGAUACCUGGACACCACGGGACAGUGGAUCGACCUGAAGGCUGAACGCAGAGACGAAGCUCAGGCCAUGAUACAGGCUGGAUACGGCAGAAUCCUGACCUUCAAGAAGACAGACGGAUCCUAUGGAGCUUUCCUGGCAACGCCAAGCAGUGUUUGGUUGACAGCCUUUAUAGCCAAGGAGUUGUCCCAAUGCAGGGACGUGAUUACAGUGGAGGACUCCUACAUCCAACAGUCCAUCUCCUACCUGGUGUCUAAACAGCUGGCCAGUGGAGCCUUCACUGACCCUAACCCACUCUAUGACCGCACCAUGCAGGGUGGAGUGGGAGGGUUUGAGGGAGAGGUGUCCCUGACAGCGUUCGUUCUGAUAGCCAUGCACCACGCUGUGCCGCUGUACCCCGAAGGACAAGACUCAGAAGUGAGGUACGCUAUGGAGCAGGCUAAGGUCUACCUGGGGUCGAAGCUGGACUCCCUUGAGAGGCCCUUCGCUGUAUCCAUCACCUCCUAUGCCCUCUCUCUAACGUCCCCUGGUGGAGAUGCUGCUUCCACGGCUCAGACCAAACUCAGGGCUUUGGCACACUGUGACAACGAGGAAGCUACAUGUCACUGGGAGGCCAGUGAUGCUCUAAGGCUGAGUGGGGAGAAGAGGGCCAAUCGGGUUCCCCAGGCCAAGGCCAUCUCUGUGGAGACCACGGCCUACGCCCUGCUCCAGACAGUGGCGGAGGAAGACGUGACGUAUGCGACGCGCAUUGCCCGCUGGCUCACUGAGCAGAGGCAGUAUGGAGGAGGGUUCCGCUCUACACAGGAUACAGUUGUAGCUCUUGAGGCUCUAGCUAAGUACAGCAUCAUGGAAAAUAAUGUUGAAGACUUGGAUCUUAAUGUUGAGAUGUGUCACCAAAACGGCCGAAAGCAGGGAGUUCAUCUUACGAAACAUAAUGCCCUGACCCUAUCAGCCUUCCAGGUGAACCCAGGAAGCCCGAUCACUAUUAACACAAUGGGGAAGGGAAACGGAACCUUAUCCGUGGUCCAGACCUACAGAACUCUGGAGAAGAAGGACUUGUUCUGUGAUUUCUACAGUCUCAAAGUCUCGGUGGAGGGAGAGGUUAAGUACAGAAAGACCGCGGACGAUGGUCCUGAGCUAGACGACUAUUAUAACUAUGAGUCUGAAGGGGAUGGGAACCCUAGUGAUGAGCCCAUGAGCAGGGUAGAAUGGUUUGACCUGCGCACACGCAGGAAGAGACAUGCCCCACAGGAGGAUGAGGAGAGGGAGAAGUCCCUAGUCUACACUGUGUGUGUGGGACUGACCAGUGGUAAUUCUACAGGCAUGGUUAUCGUGGACAUCUCCCUUCUCAGUGGGCUCAAACCUAACAUGCAGGAUCUGGAGGAGAAUGUGAAGGGUACUGAGAAGUACAUUGACCAUUAUGACAUCGCCCCAAAUAAAGUGUUCCUCUACUACGCUAAGAUCACAGAGGAACCACAGUGUGUAGCGUUCCGGGCCAAACAGAUCAGUCCCAUGGGCCUGGUGCAGCCCGCUGCUGCUGUGGUCUAUGACUACUACAACCCAGAGAGGAGAUGCACUGUGUUCUACAGCGCACCGCAGAAGAGCAACAUGAUCUCCAAGAUCUGUCAGGACAAUGUGUGCUCCUGUGCAGAGGGUGACUGCCCAAAGAAGAGAGUCACUUACAGUAAACAAAUGGAGAAAGAGACUCGCAGAACCUUUGCUUGUUUCUCUCCUGUUGCGAAUUAUGUUUACGUCGUCAAGAUUGUCAACUCAUCCGACGACGGAGUUUUUAAACAUUAUACCACAAUACUGACCAAAAUCCUACAGACAGGUAAAGACGUGAUGCAGACUGGAGCAGUGAGAGACAUGAUCAAACGUAAAGCCUGUGAUGAGUUUGACAUGAAGACUGACAGUAAUUACCUGAUCAUGGGGAGAGAUGGGACCAUCUCUCACACCACUGACCACAGUGGGAAGCCUGUCUAUGUCCUGGAUAAUAAGAUGUGGUUGGAGGAGAUUCCAGAGGAGAGGAAGUGUAAAGCUACUACGAACCGUAAAGCCUGCAACAUGCUCAAGGACUUCAUGGUAUAUUACGAGCUCAACCAGUGUUCAAUCUAAACCACAGCUUCCCUUCAGUGAACGUCCAGAUAGAAAUAAAUGAUAUAGAACAGACAUGUUUUUCUGCCAUUGAGAAUAGGGAAAUAUGUUGGCUCUAUUCAAUACAUUUCUAUCUGAAACGUUUCAAAAAGUUGUGCCUCCUGAACGUCACCUGACCUAGGAUAACUGUCCUGGGAAUCAAGAGAGACUGUGAUUCAGAGAAGGAUAUAUUUUUUUUGUAUAAAGGAAAGCAGAAAGCACACUCAGUAUCUCCAUAAACCAUGUGCUUUUAUUACCCGUGCAUAUUCACAGAGAAAGAAGAUUGAGAGACAUAUUGUUGAAACAAAGUUAGACUGUGAUGUGUCUAAUACUCCUUAAUAAAAUAGCCUGUGAUUGGCUACAAUC